AUGUCAGAGUCAGUGUUUGUGGGACUAUGCCGAAUUAUUGGGACUUCACGAGAAGUGACCAUGAAAAGAGAAGGUGGGGAUCUUUUGGAUAUGGUGCGAAGAUUCCAACAAUUAGAAAAAGACGUCUGUGGGAUGACUACCGGGAGUUAUCGAGAAGGAUUCAGACUUAAGGAGCAUGGACCUUGUAGUAGUUUCUCUAGUGUGGAACUGGGUAUUGAAAUGGACCAGGCCAUGGGCUUUUUCUGCGACUUUUGGCCUUCAUCAGCAUUCUCAUUUAUAGAAAGAUGUCACAGGCCAUGGCCCGGGCUUCGUGUUAUCGAUGAUAUAGUCAAAAAUGGAUGCCAUUUUGUUGCAAUAGGGUCCAUGGUAGGACAUCAUGAAGAUAAAGAAUGGAGAAUCUCUUUCUCCACAGGGGAGCGUAAACUCGUAUUCUCCAUGAACCACUGUCAGUUUUUAACGUAUGGUCUGCUUAAAUUGUUCCUAAAGGAAGUCAUCAACAAUGGGUUAAGUACUCACGAACAAUUGCUGAGUUCCUAUCACGUGAAGACAGUUGUUUUAAGGGUACUUCAGAAAGACAUAUUUCGUGACUGGUGUCCUAAAAAUCUGUUGGAGGGUUUCUGGAUUUGCUUCAAGUUUAUCCUAAAAUGUGUGUAUGAAGGAGUUUGUCCUAAUUUUUUCAUUCCAACAAACAACAUGUUUCUGAGUAAAAUCUACGGGGAAGCACAAAAUAAUUUGUUUCUGAGAUUGCAUGGGUUGUACGAAAAGGGUAGUAUAGCAUGCCUUUUACACUGUUCUUCCAUCAGCCCCUAUAUUAUUCAAGUAAUGAUCAAUCCAAGUCAGCACAUCUGCACAGAUGAAAAAUCUCUGACCUUUGAGUCAGAAAUCAGAAUGGCACCGUCACAUGAGAUAGAAGUGAAUGAUUCUCUGUACAGUCCAGACAUGUUCACCUGCUUAAAAUAUUUAACAAUUCUAGAACAAUUGUCGCUUAAACCAUUAACACAAUAUCAAGUUUCCAUGUUACAGAAAUUGGUAACAACCAUGCUUCAGAGAACAGCCUUUAUAUUGCACAAUGGAUAUCUAUGUAAAGAAUUAUGGCCAGAACAAAUGUAUGGAAUAAAAAAUACAGAACUCGAGCAUACAUUCUUUUUGGCAAUUCCAAACAUUGUUCUGUUACACAUGCUCGAGUUCUUGUGCUAUACAAACAUUGAUCCAGUGAACGCACAAACAGCACUACAAGAACUUCAGUCACUUGUUCACCAAGACCAAGAGGAGCCUCCCUCUACGAUGAGAGGAGACGUAUCGUGGCAGGUUUUGGGGAUCUGUCAACAAAUUGCAGGAAACAAGCAGGCUGCUUUAUACUCGUUCUUGAAAUCGAUUGCACAAGAUUCAGAAAGCAAAAUACAAACGGUCACCCUGAUGAGGAUAAACAGCAUCCUACAAAUAAUCAAUCCAGAACGUUUUUGA